AUGACUGACCUGACGCCGUAUAGAUCCCCUAUCACAACAAUGAUUCACAAUCCUCAACUACGCCUUCUCAACGCUCUCCGAGCUGGCUCUAAGCCCAUUAUGACAUUUUUAGGACUGCCUUCCUUCCGGUCAGCGCAAAUCGUGGCUCAGACCGGACUGGAGGGCAUCAUCAUCGAUUGUGAGCAUGGAAACAUCAGCGAUGACUCUAUGCACAGUUCCACGGCUGCUAUAGCUGCAAUGGGUGUAUCACCACUCGUUCGUCUCAGAAUGACGCACGCAGAUUUGAUCAAAAGAGCCUUAGAUGCCGGUGCACACGGUAUCGUCGUGCCUCAAAUAAACACCGCCGAGGAAGGCAGAGCCGUUGUAUCGCAUUCGAAAUUCCCUCCUCAAGGGGUUCGAGGCCAAGGCUCAGCGUUCCCGGGCAUCGCUCAUGGCGUUGAUAUCCCAACCUAUCUGAAGACAGCAAAUGAAACAAUCAUCACUUGUCUUCAAAUUGAAUCGAAAUUGGGAGUCGAGAAUGUAGAUGCAAUCUGUGCUGUACCCGGUAUUGAUAUGAUUUUCAUUGGACCCAAUGACCUCGCCUUGUCGAUACUUGGAUACGUUCCGGCGAGGGGAGAUGAGCCUGAGUUUGUUAAUGCGAUUGAGAAGAUCGUCAGGGCUGCGCGCAACCAUGGAAAAUGGGUCGGCCGACUAUCCAACAAUGGUGCUCUAUGUAAGGAGCAUUUGAAAGUGUUUGACACCGUGGCACUGAGUUAUGACAUUCGUGCAAUUCAGAACUGGUACACGGCUCAGUUGCAAAUUGCUCGCGAGUGA